AAUGUCACAGGAGGUUAUAUUUCAUCCCUGGUGUCCAGCCAGCCCAUUCCUGCAGGACUCUGGUGCUAGGCUAUAUCUGUUGUCCACCCGCUGCCCAGCCCUGCCCAGACCCACAUAAAAGAGAAAAUCCCCCCCAUUGUCUCAGAUCCCUCUGUUGUUUGAGCAAGACAGAGAGAGAGUACUGUACCCGACCCGACUGUGGUCCACCCUAUUCCAGUGAGGAGCAAGACAAACCCAGGCCAAUGAAUCCCAAGUUAAUUGACAAGCCGAAGUCGAAGAUUACGGCUUCGCGUAAGCUCUCCCUGAAGAUCAUGCUGCUUACCAGGGCGAUGGAGCAGCUGGAACAGGAGACGCAGGACAGGGAUGAGGAGAAACUGAGCUACCUGGGAGAGCGACUGCCCCCCUUGCAGUUCUCUGGACUGUCAUUGGCUGAGCUACAGGACCUAUGCAAGCAGCUCCAUGGAAAGAUAGAUGUGGUAGAUGAGGAGAGAUACGACUGUGAGGCCAAAGUGACCAAGCACAACAAAGAUAUCCAUGAGUUGAAGUUGAAGGUGCAGGACUUAGGAGGGAAGUUUAAGAAGCCCGCCCUGAGGAAGGUGCGCGUCUCUGCAGACGAGAUGAUGAGAGCUUUGCUGGGAACCAAACACAAAGGCUCUAUGGACCUCAGGUCCAACCUCAAGUCUGUCAAGAAGGAAGACACCAACAAGGACAAAGACAAGGUGCUCACGUCUGAGGUGACCGACUGGCGUAAGAAUGUGGAGGCCAUGUCUGGCAUGGAGGGCCGCAAGAAGAUGUUUGACGCAUCUGGCGGCCAGUAAGCCAUGCUACAGCCUUGGGACAGGAACCACGCGCAGGACAUGGUCUAGAGAGGAGGAAGAGGAGGAGGAGGAGCUGUGUAGUCCCUGAAAGUGCCCCGCCACACACCCUACCACAGUACAAAGGCAGCAUGGGGUUAAAUUGUGAGGAGUCCAGUGCUGAGCAGUCCAUUAGAUGGAUUUGUAGUUUUGUAAAACAGGUUGUAGUUCUCUGCUGGAGUGGAAGGGUUUCUAUAAGAGUUUUACAGAGCCUGCGAUUUCUUUCAGGUACUACUUACCAAAUAUUUUACCACCCUGUAUAAACUCGUUUUGGAACCCAACCCAAUAUAAACAGUAUACCACAAAGCCCUCAGAUGAGACUUUAUUAGGUAGUCUUGGAAACCCCCCAAAAAAUAUUGCGUAAUUGUGUCAAACGCUCAAUUAAGUUGUGGGGAGAUAUGUAUGAGAUAAGAUACUAACAAGACUAGCAAAGUCUUCACCCCUUAAACGGAAACUCUCAGCUAAAGCACCAUCUUCACCCAAUCCUGAUACGUCCAAAUAACCAGUGACGGAAAAGCACCGAACUAUUGCUCCUCAUUAGUCGUCACAUCCCACCAACUUUUGACAGACGUUACGAUAACAUUUAUGUUCCAUAAUCUGUCCACGAGAGAUUAGGAAUUGCUGCGUUUAUAAAGCACAUGAAGAUGUGAACUACCUAAACACGAUGAAGUUCCAUAAAAGUUAAGUGAAUGAUUGGAGUAAUGUAGAAUAGUGAAGUCAUCAUAGUCCUCCACUGAGUCAAACCUUUAGGCUGAUAGUCUUACAGAAAUAGGAAAGGUUUGAGGCUGAUGAACGUUUACAGUUGUCAAUAUCAUGAUGAUUUCCUAACUAAUUAAGCAACAUGUUGCUCUCUCGGACUCUGACUCCCUCAGGGCUGAUGUCAAUGGUAAAACAGCAUGAUUUAACCCUUCGCUGACAUCCUCGCACAUGAUCUCUCCACCCUGUCAUUGACGACUUAGCCUAUCACGCUGGGACAGUUAACCACUUCUUGAAAAGCUGUGUGUGGUGCAUAUCUCACUAUUGCUAUUUAUUAUGGAAGAUUAGAUGUAUGUGUCUUUUAUUUAUGGCAUUAUAAAACAUGAAUCACCAAAGGA